AUGGCUUAUAUCCCUAUAACGCAAGUCGACGCAAUACUGCUCCUCGACCAACACGGGGAACGCAUUGCGGUCAACUACUACCCGCAGCACUGCGCGGCUACGACCUCUGCAGAUGGCGUAAAAAACUUAUGGGAGGAUGUGGCGCGCCAGAAGGUCAUUGAGAAGAGCCUAACCAAGGAGCUGGAGCUGGCGAAAGCACGAGGUACGGAAAUCACGCUGGUGUCACACGGUGUUACAGAGGGCGCUUACGGUAUUCGCAUGAUCGAGGGGCACCUCGUAAGCUACUACAUUGCUGCCGAUUUCGCUAUAAUCGUUGUUGGCCCAAGCAAGGAAAACGAAGUCCUGCUGACGGACUUAUGCACGACCGUCAAGAAGUGUCUGCUCUCAGUCACAGACGAACAGCUGAAGAAAGAGGUCGUCUGCAACAAGCUGGAUUCGGUAUUUCUAAUCCUUGACGACGUCGUCGACGGAGGGUUCGCAACAUAUAAGUGUCACUCAUACGUCAGCAGAAUCAUAAUGGAGUCGGAUCACAACGUCAUAAUACGACGGCUAAAGGGAAAAUCUGGUGACUCGUCAGAUCACUUGCCACUCAACCAGGCAAUAUACAACAUUCGCAACAACGUCAUCAGGAGUCUGCUUAACUCUUGA